AUGGCAGAGAUCUGCAGUGAAAAGUCCCUUUCAACCAGACAGCGGUUGUCCACCAACCCACCUGCUGAUGAGCUGGCGGUCAUUGAAAAUGGAGACAGCAGAGCUCACUCCCUUUGUGAGGAUGUCUCUGAGAGAACAACAUCCUCAGAGUCUCAAAGACACUCGUUUACAGGUGCUGAAGCAAUGGCCAGGCUCUCUUACUUCUUCUUCAUGCUGCGAAACUGGGCCUCUCACAGAAUGCACCCAGAGACAGAGAGGUACGACUCCUUCCUGGAUCGCUUCAGAGGCCCUGAGCUCAAAGACGUCGCCAGUCGAGAGAGCAAUGCCCAGUCUGUGGGUCAAAACGGCACGGCCCAUAAGAGAAAGAAAGAAAUCUGGAUUAUGGAUCCAGCCGCAGACCAGUACUACAAAUGGCUGACUGUCAUCGCAGGCCCAGUAUUUUAUAACCUAAUGAUGAUUGUCACAAGAGCUUGUUUUAAUGAACUCCAGAACUCUUAUACAAAACUCUGGAUUUUCUUGGACUACACCUCAGACUUGAUCUACUUCACAGACACAUUUGUCAGAUCAAGAACAGGUUACUUGGAACAAGGCCUGCUGGUAAAAGACUCCAAGAAACUGAGAGAUAAAUACAGAACAACAUCUCAGUUCAAGUACGACAUGAUUUCCAUGAUACCCACUGAUCUGCUGUUCCUGAAAUUCGGAUUCAACAACCCGGAGUUUAGAUUCAACCGUCUUUGCAAACUGUCGAGGCUUUUCGAGUUCUUUGAGCGGACUGAAACCAGAACCAGCUUCCCGAACAUGUUCCGAAUCAGCAAUCUCGUGCUUUACAUCCUCAUUAUUAUCCACUGGAAUGCUUGUAUGUUCUUUGCCAUUUCAAAAACAAUAGGUUUUGGGUCUGACACGUGGGUGUAUCCCAACAUCAGCCACCCGGAGCACGGCCGCUUGGCCAGAAAGUACAUCUAUUCCCUGUACUGGUCAACACUGACCCUCACCACCAUUGGAGAAACCCCUCCACCUGUCAGGGAUGUGGAAUUCCUCUUUGUCAUCGCCGACUUCCUCACUGGUGUCUUGAUCUUUGCUAGUAUCGUCGGUAACGUCGGUGCCAUGAUCUCCAACAUGAACGCCUCUCGUGCUGAGUUCCAGGCAAAGAUCGACUCUAUUAAGCAGUACAUGCAGUUCCGAAAGGUCUCCAAAGACCUGGAGGCCAGGGUCAUCAAGUGGUUUGACUACCUGUGGACUGAGAAGAAGACCUGUGAUGAGAAGGAGGUGUUGAAGAACCUCCCUGACAAGCUCAAGGCUGAGAUAGCCAUCAAUGUACAUUUGGAUACUCUGAAAAAAGUGCGUAUUUUCCAGGACUGCGAGGCGGGUCUCCUGAUUGAAUUGGUACUGAAGCUGCAGCCGCAGGUGUUCAGUCCUGGAGAUUACAUCUGUAAGAAGGGGGAUAUUGGCAGGGAGAUGUACAUCAUCAAGGAGGGGAAGCUCGCCGUGGUGGCCGAUGAUGGAGUCACUCAGUUUGUGGUGCUCAGUGAUGGCGCGUACUUUGGGGAAAUUAGUAUCUUGGGAAUUAAGGGCAGUAAGGCAGGCAACAGGAGAACUGCCAACAUUAGAAGUGUGGGUUAUUCCGAUCUCUUUGCCCUGUCCAAAGAUGACUUGGUGGAAGCACUCACCGAGUAUCCAGAUGCCAAGAAGGCUUUGGAGGAGAAGGGGAAAGCCAUCCUGAUGAAAGACAACCUGAUCGACGAGGCGGUCGCCAAUGCUGGCGCCGAUCCCAAAGACCUGGAGGAAAAGAUCGUCAGACUGCAGAGCAACCUGGACUUGAUGCAGACGAAGUUUGCCCAGUUAAUGGCACAAUUCACCUCCAGCCAGACGAGGAUGAAGCACAGGAUCACCGACAUGGAGUCCAAAGUGAAAUCCAUACAGCCGGAGGACCUCUCUGAAGUGGUGGCCGACAAAGACAAAAAAGUGCAGUGA